AUGGCCUCAACUGCAGAAAUUACCCACCAAUCAGCCGCAGAACCUUCAACCUCAACCGAGAUGGAAGACAAUAGUAUGGGUUUCUACAACCUACCCCUCCCACAGCUUAAAUGGGUUUACCAGUCCGCCAUAAAGUUGUUAGACGCACUUGAGGACCGAGACUUUACCAAUUGUGAUGGUGUAGACCCCGAAAAGGCUGCGGCAUUUCUGAAGUGGAAUGAGAACCACUCACUUUCAGGUAUGCUUAUCAGAGCGCGACUGUUUGAAACCGACGCUCUCGAUUGGCUAGAUCAAGCGCUGAACACAUGGCAUGAGCCAGAAUGGGAAGAGGAGACGGUACACCCACUACGGGGAAAGAAUUACAUCGUGAAGAUCGAAGUGGGAGCGCCCAUGUUGAAGGUAGUUUUUAUUGAUGAAGAUGACAAUGGAGCUGUCAAAUUGCUAUGGCCUUGCGACGGUGAUUAUCUUUGGAGAAUGAUCUCACACGAAGGGGAGGCGUAUAUGGAGCAGAGUUGCGCGGGUGAUGAUGGAGGAUUUGAUAUGAUAUUGCGUGUAUCUGGUGCGAAGGAGGAGUAA